UUGCGUGCUAGAGACGGUUUACAUAACAAAAUACUUCAAAUUGAUGCGUACCAGUCACUUCGGAUCCGCGGCUCGACAAACCGAUCUCACUCGAUCAGUCGUCUAACGGAUCAGAACUGUCUAGACAUUCCAGCAUAAUGGUAGCACUAAAGUUUUUUGUGUUGUUUCUGCUAAGUCUAGCAAUGCUGGCUAAAGCGCGCAACGAGCGCUACAUCUGCCAGGUGAUCGAAGAUGGCUGGUGUACGCUGCAGAAGAUUUACAUUACUUCACGCACGGAUGUGCGAGGAUUACGUUUCCCGGACGACCAGUACGAGAAAAUUCGCAUCGGUCAGCACUAUGACUUUGCCAACACAGACAGCGUGGUCAGUGUAUUUUCAGCCGGUUUGUUCCGACGGAUGAGCCGAGUGCGAUAUCUGAAAAUGAACGAAGUUCGAAUGCAAGGACUGGACAUGCCAAAUACGGUUCUGGAACUGGAUGUAUCCAACAAUUGGAUUACGCGCGUCUUUAUCGAUGCCGAUAGAAGUUACAGUUUGCGAAAGUUAAACAUGAAAAACAAUUUGGUUAGUAGUGUUGCCAGUUUCAAGUAUCUGAAUCAGCUGGAAGAACUGGACAUGAGUGAAAAUUUGGUGCAUUUGUUAAACUUUGAACUGUUCACGUUCAUGCCGUACAUCCAAACGAUCGAUUUCGCGCAUAACCGUCUGCUCGAGGCUAGACCGGGCAGUAUUCAGUUGACGCUGUACUACCUGGAACGAUUGGACAUGGCGGACAAUCAGUUGCUCGAGAUAGAACUGAAGUACUGGACCUUCCCAGCACUGCGAAUGUUGAAUCUCACGGGAAACCCGAUCCGCCGGCUAGAUUACUUCGAGGUUCGACGGGCUUUCCCCAUGCUACUGAGAGUAACUUUCUAACAGACCCCCACUGACGCUGACAGGAUCGUUAAUUUAUAGUAUAGCAAAUAGUGAAUGUGAAAAUACUCGAAGUGAAAUUUUUGGGGAGAUGUUCGCUCAAAUAUAGACGAAUAUUUUGUAACUCUGAGAUAAA